AUGAGCGAGAGAAAUAGAGGAAUUGAGCGGCGUGUUUGUUUACAAAUGGCGCUGACAGGGGUUGGCGGGCCUCGGGCGGCUGAAGCGAAAACACGUGUGCCAAGCCUGGCUCAAAAGUCGCCCGCCACUGUUGUUGAGUGUCCCUUCGUUGCCAAUAUCACAUUCACCUUCACCUGCAUCUCUCCCCGGCUUCUCGCGAUUUUCCAGCACUCCGCAGGCCUAGUAGGCACAUCAUAUCUAGUCACCAUGUCCAAUGUCCCAAGAGACGACUUCAAAUGGUUCGGCGAAGGCUUCACAGGCUUCCCAAAACACCUACCCGAAGACGUUGUUGAAUACACCAUUUUCAUCCUUAAUACCGCCCUUUCUGGCACCCACACCCGGGAGCGCCUCCAGGCCUUCCAACGCGCCCUCACCUCUCUCUCUCAGAAAUUUCUCAAAGAUUACAUCUGGCAACGUGAUUCCAUCACCCUCUCACUGCAGCGUGAAGGUAGACUAUGGCUGCUCAAAGGCCGUACAAAUUACGGAGACAGUGUUGCGGACGAGUGGCUGAUCGUCUAUUUUCUGCGCGAACUAAGUAAAGAGUUUCCAGAUGCUUGGAUCCGCAUUCACGACACCGAUGGCGAGUUCCUCCUCAUCGAAGCCGCAAACGCGCUGCCGAAAUGGCUGAGUCCUGAAGUCGCGGAAAAUAGAGUCUGGAUUAACAAUCAUCGUCUCGUCAUUAUCCCUCUCUCGAAACAAGAAAACAAAAUUCCAGCGCCGUUGGAUCUAAACGAGGCACUCGAAAUCAUCAAAGAAACUCCAGCAAAAUUACUGCAGAUACAGAAAGUCGAAGAAGAAGCAUUCCACCGCCUGAAGAACUACCCGGCAGCAAUAUCCACAAAUCAGCACCAUGCUACUAUUCCUCUUCCUCGGAAAGUCGCAUAUAUCCUCUACAGCAAUCCGUCGUACAUCGCGUCUGUAGUCGAAGCUUUCUAUCUCCGAGAUCCAAUCUCUCUCCGACUCAUUCAGCCCGAGAAGGCGCGGAAGCCUCUGUCGUUCACCCCAGAAGAUUUCGUACAGGUGAGUGUCAGGUUUACGAAGGUCUUGUAUGCACAGCUACGAAGUCAGGAAUGGGUGCCGCCUGGACCGUGGGGGGAUGCUCUUGCGAGGCUGGUUGAGGGAGAAGGGAAGACGUCAUCUGUGUGGAGAGAGAAGGCGGAGAUCGCGAUUAAGGUGGCUGCGGGGCUGGAAAUGUUGGUGCAGCAUAAGAUCUAUGGUGACAAGAAGGCUGUUCGAGAAAUUGGGCUGCUGUUAGAGGAUAUUGCGUCUGGUGAUGAUGUGCUCCCGAGUGAUGCAGAGGUUGCGGAGUGGCCGAAACGGGAGGAUGACGAGUCGUGGCUAGAUAUCGACUUUACGGACUUUGAACGCGAGCUCUCAGGGAAGGGGAAACCGGGUGAAAGUGGAGGGAAUGGUGGCUUCGGGGAUAAAGCAGCACUGGAAAAUCUCCGCAAAAUGACUGAACGCUUUAAUACCUUCCUAGACGACGAAGACGCGGGCCUAGACGGUGCUACAGGCCUUGGUCUCGACCCCAUGGAUAUUGACAACGACUCUGACUCCGAAACCCGAGAGUGGGACGAUCCGGAGGACAGCGAGGAUGAGGACUCCGACGGCGACGACGAGGGGUUUGACGAAGACGAGUACAAGCAAGUGCUGGAUCGGUUCAUGGCGUUGAGUUCGGCAGAGAAAUCCGCGCUCUUGGAUGAAGCGCGAGAACUAGCCAGAGAGCAGGAAGCAGAGGACGAGGAGGACGAGGAGAUCCGGAAGUUGAGUGAAGCGAUGGAGGCAGAACUUUUCAGUCACGGGGCCUUGAAACUCGACUCUGAAAUGAAACCAAAAAAGAGCCAAAAUAAGGGGAAGGGUAGGGUCGAAGAGACGGUCGAAGAGGAAGAAGAUGCUGCUGAGGAUCUUCUGGAUGAAGAUUACAAUCUCGUCAAUAAUUUACUUCAGAGCUUCAAGGGGCAGGCAGGGAUGGCAGGGCCCGCAGGGAAUCUGAUGGGCAUGAUGGGCGUGCAUCUGCCACGAGAUGCGGACGACGAGCGCAAAGGCUGA